GAUCUUUCCGGCAUGGCCACCGACCGGACCCAAGAUGUCGGCGUUUUCCCCCGCGCGGCAAGACGGGCCUCGGCAAUUUUCUGACCUACAUAACUACGUAUCUUAACCAAAUCUCCGCAAUAUCGAAACAAUUUUCCUCACAUUGGACCAGAAUCACUGUACGAACAGGUAGUUGUGGUACGGUACAAUGUAUGCCAUCUUUUGCGCCCCAAUCACCAUAACUUGGACGGCACUUCUCUCAAAUGCAUGCAACCUACAAAUGGCCCGAGAUUGGUCGGAUCUAUCCGUCAACAAACUUGGCGGGUAGAAGUGUUAUGAUCAUCAUCGGAUGGCAGUACCCGCGUGCGGAGUAGAGGAUGAGCGCAGGACGAUGAGGGGUCUCAGGUGCCUUCAAGGCAAAGAGUAAUAAACCGAUCCGAGUGAUUCAGUUCCUCUGAUAGCCCCUGAGAUUAUCACGGGGCGGAAAUCCAAUUCAACAGCACUCCAAAGAUAUAUAACCACACCAGAAACUGUAAAAUGUCGACUGAGCCACUUGGCGAACUGCCAUUCUUUGGGCUAACUGGAGGAAAGUUGACGGCAUGGAUUACGAUCGCCUGGACCACCGACAUGACCCUCUUCGGCUAUGAUCAGUUUGUUACCGUCCUCUUUGUCACCGUGCCCUGGCUACCCGAGUCGCCUAGGUGGUUGCUGCAUCACGGUAGAACAGACUCGACCCUGCAGAUACUCGCCGCCCUUGAGGCAAUGGAGCCUACAUCAAAGGAGAAGACACAAAGGAGAAGCCACCCAUCUAUCCCUUAGUCAUAACGCAGCGUCUGGCCAUAAACACCAACGUCUCCCUGCGCAAAAAGAUACCCAGCGCCCACGAUGGCACGACCGGCAAAAUAUGUCGUCCGAGAAGAGGAUGAAAUACGACGGAGGGCCAGAGCAAGUGACUGGAAGUGACUCGGCUGAGGUGGCGGAGGACCCUGUCGAUGUCAAAAGAAGAUGCCUGAUGGGUGCAUACAGGCGAUGUAGAGUACCCAGGAGCAGAGACUGCCACCAGCGAUUCAGAGAGCUUAGUCCUGGAAUGUCAGUUAGUCACAUGCAGAAAAGCUCAAAUCGUCGAUGAUGAAAUAUCAAGGAUGGCAAGCACAUGAGCAACAAUUAAA